AUGAAGUUAAUUUCAGUCGUCCUGCUCCUGCUGGCUCCACUCUUGACCAGCUGCCAGACAAUCCUUUUUCCACUGGACUGUAGCGACAUCUAUAAAAAUGUCAACACCCGAGCAAGUGGAGUGUACACCAUCUUUCCCAUCAAAACCACUUCUGAGGUCCAGGUGUACUGCGAGAUGAACUCAGAAGGAGGAAGGUGGACGGUGUUCCAGAGGAGGCUGGACGGCACGGUGAACUUCUACAGGACCUGGGAUCAAUACAGGACCGGCUUUGGUAACCCUGCUGGAGAGUACUGGCUCGGUCUUGAGAACAUCUUCCAGUUGGUAAACCGAAAAAAGUAUGAACUGAUGGUCGACAUGGAGGACUUUGAAGGAAACAAAGCGUUCGCUCGUUACACUUCAUUCUCCAUCGCCUCUGAGUGUGAUGGAUACCGACUGAAUGUUUCUGGAUUCAUUUAUGGAGGAGCAGGAGACUCCCUGAAUUAUCACAACGGACAGAAGUUCACCACCGUUGACAGAGACCAGGACUCCUCUACAGGGAGCUGCGCCAAAUAUUACCUGGGGGCGUUCUGGUACAACAACUGUCAAGAAGCAAAUCCAAACGGUGUUUAUCGUUGGGGGGCUGACAACUCUAUCCAGGGUGUUGGAGUGGAGUGGAAGGGUUUUAAAGGCACUAACUACUCCCUGAAGACCAUCAGCAUGAAGAUCCGUCCUGUGGUGUAGUUAUCCAGGACAAAUGUACAGCAGAAUAUCAGCUCAUCUCUUCUGAUUUCUUUCUCUUUCUCUCAUUAAGCAUUUAAUCUCACAACAGGUCUUAUUUUCCUGAAACUGGGCACCAGCACAAGAAAACCAACUGAUGUCUGUAAAUCUUGUUACCGUCUGUGGUGGUUUAAAUCAGUCGCAGCUCGCUGCAACGUGGAAGAAAAGUCAGAUGUGUCUCCAGUUGGGCGGCUGCAGCAGGAAAGUAGGGCCCAUAAUCUUUAAAUGGAAACACAUAUAUAGUCUGAUCAGGUGUUAAUCACUGCAUCA